AUGGAGUCGAAAGAACUUGACCAUGCAUUUAGCCCUGCUGAACGCAUUGAGCAACUCAACGAAAUCGACCAGGAUGUGAUAAAGCUUCUCCGUGCUGCAGGUCUUGCAAUCCAAGCCUUGACUAACACCCCUCUUCCAACUAAUGACAACAAAGAUCCUCAAUCUCUUCAAUCUCCUUCUGGAAAAGGCGCUUUAGCGGCGCAUCAGGAAGCCUUCAAAGCGGCAGCCUCUCAAUACUUCUCCCUUCUAUCUUCAAUUGACGUCCGUCUCCGCAGACAAGUUUACGCUCUCGAAGAAGCAUCUAUUAUUCGCCCUGAAUCCACAGUGAAGACAGGAGAAGGUGUUGGUACUACCGCUUUCAACCCCCUUGAAACUAGCUGGUUAAAUACACGGAAAGACACUGUUGGGAAAGAUAAGGAGGCGGAACUCUGGGCGCAGGCGAGAGACUAUGUGAAUGCAUUGAUAUCUACGGGCGGCGAGGACUCUAGUGAAACAGAAGCUGGCGACGCACCAUUGAAGCAAAUGGAAAUUGAUUGA